GGUAGAAGGGAAAAUCCAAAAUGCCCACGGGAUAUUCCUGAACUUCGCGCGCGCGCACACACCCAAAAAAAAACGCCAUGGCGGGAAUGGAAGCGUUACCACCAAUCCUCAGCCCUAGUUUCCGGCGUCUACAUCUCACCAAUCGCAGCCCCAAUGCUAGACUUCCUCCUCCGCUCUUUCUCUCGACAAUGGUCUCCUCUGAAUCCAUUGACAGCGGCAGCUCGGGUGCCGAUGCGAUCCGGCGCCCUCUCUUCCGCGUCAAGAAGCUGUCCCAAAAUGCCGUCUUGCCUUCGCGAGCUUCCCCGCUCUCCGCCGGCUACGACCUCUCCAGUGCUGCGGCAGUGGUCGUGCCCGCCCGUGGCAAAGCCCUAGUCCCCACCGAUCUCAGCAUCGCCAUUCCCGAUGGCGCCUACGCCCGCAUCGCUCCGAGAUCGGGCCUGGCGUGGAAGUACUCGAUUGACGUAGGUGCCGGCGUGGUCGAUGCGGACUACCGCGGACCCGUGGGUGUCAUUCUGUUCAACCACUCUGACGCGGACUUCGAGGUGAAGCCCGGGGAUCGGAUUGCUCAGCUGAUACUCGAGAGGAUCAUGACGCCAGAGGUGAUCGAGGCUGUCGACUUGGACUCCACUGCCAGGGGCGACGGCGGAUUCGGAUCAACAGGUGCGUGAUGUGAUUAAACUCGGCUCGCCUUCUCUGUUCAUCAUGCUGAGGAACAUCGUCUUUGCAAGUUAAAUUCUCUGCUUUGUUUGUGAAAUCCUUGGUCUUUUAAUUCCAUUAAAUGUAGCAUCUGUUCAUGUCUAAUGACUGAUGUGUUCUCAUGUGUUGUUCCUAGAUAGAUAUAAUUAUCGACCAAUUACAUACUUAUAUCUACGACAAUAUGCAAAUCUUAGUUUAAAAAAAAUGUCUACUUGGGUU